CCACCACCACCAAUCCAACCCCACCUAUCAAACCGAUCCCCCUCCUCCUCUCUACAGCACAAGCAGCUGUGCAGGAUAAGCCCCCCAGUGAUGGAUGUAUAAGUGUGUCCCCCUGGAUUACAGAUUAUGGGUGCACAAUACCCCUGGUAUUCAUGUGGGAGUGGGUGGGUGUGGGUGAUGCGUUCAUUUACGUGGUUGAUGCGUUCAUUUACGUGGUUGAUGCGUUCAUUUACGGGAACUAUGAAUAGGCAGAGGGGGGUGCGGGAUGUUGUGUUGAGGUGUGGUUUGGAGUUUGGUUUGGAGGUGGACGAGGAAGGGGAAGAGGAGGAGGUGGAGUUCGAUGUGGAGGUGAACAAGGAAGGGGAGGAGUUGGAGUUUGAUGAGGAGGUGGAUUUGGAGGAGGAGGAGGUGGAGUUUGAUGAGGAGGUGGAUUUGGAGGAGGAGAUGGAGUUUGACAAGGAAGUGGGAAAGAAAGGGGAGGAAGACAAAGGGGAGAGGACGGAUGAAAUGGUGGUCCAUGCGGCCCAUGUUCCUCAUAACUAAGAAUAUUGAGAAUUGAGGAUAUCAAGAAUAUUGUAAAUUUAGAUUUAGAUCACAUUGUUAUUGUUAUUGGUGUAUUUGGUGUUUGGCCUGUUCAGUUGAUAUAGCGUUGGAUGCAGAAUGUUGUAUAUUUGGUAUCCAGGCUAUGUCGGAUGGAUGCCAAAGGACCCACUAAAGCAAUGAGCACCAAUGAUGCCGAGGAUGCUCUAAUCCCAUCUUAUCAAGGGAUAAAUACAUUUUUCAUGGGUAUCCCACCUGAAUGAAGCCC